ACUCCUGGCUGUGCCCCGGCCAUUUACACACAUGGAGGCUUCCCAGCAGAGGAGAAAAGAUGAUCCGAGAAGGGAAGAGAAGUGGGAGGGGAAGGUGGCUCAGCGCAGGAGUGCGGAGCAGGCAGAGAAGCGUGGGUCCAUGCCCUCCGUGGAAAGCGGUGUCGGGCGCCCGUCGGGGAGCAGCAGCAGAUGCCGAGAAGACAAGGGAGAGCAGGCACGGAGGAGCGAGGAACGAAGCGGGCACCAGGGCUUGGCCAACGGACCAGGAGGGACCGGGCGCGGGGGAGCCAGCUGUAACCGUAGCCGCCGCCGCUGUAACCGUAGCCGCCGCCGCUGCUGCCGCUGCCGCCUGCUCAGGCUCGACUGGGGCUCAGGCUCCUGCUCCUCCUCCGCUGCCUCCUCCGCGACCGCCGCGGAUCUGAAGAGCACCAUUCAGCACAUCCUAUAUACACAGAGGGAGUGGAGUGAGCGAGUGACACACGCUCCUGGCGUCCCCCUCCCACACCACUCUCCUUCUUCUCCCCCCCUCCCUUCCCCUCUACACUCCCUUGCCUUUCCCGGAGCCCAACUUUCUCCGCUGGGUCAGGCGAAUGGAAGGAAGCAGGGGCGCAGCGGCACCUCCCGGCCUCUGGACACCACUACAACGAGGCACUUUCUCCUUGGAAGAGGCUCAGUGAGCAUGCCCGGUUACCUUUCAGGGACUAGAGGCUUGGAUGCGAGGGUUGAAUUUCUCUGGGCUCGUUGGAAAACUGAGCAAGGAGGGGAGAGGAAGCGGGGAGAUAAGCUGAGGCUGGGAUCGGGGCUUAUUUUUUCCAGAUGGUUAACCCGCAAUGGGACGGAGGAAAAGGGAUGUAGUUUUUUGGUGGGGAUAAUCCUGAAUCCCCAAAUGCGAAAAUCUUGGUGCUGGUGCCGAAGUGGAGAGCACACUGAAGCCUGCUACACAAUAGACAGUUGUUAACUGGCGGAGGAGAUAGUGAGCAGCCUGGAGACAUGAAUUAGAUAAAUCUCCUUAGGCUGAUCUACACCCCUGGACACCUUAUCCUUAGCUUUGUGUUUGAAUAUACUCCUUAGACUGGCAUUUAGCACAAGAGAAAGUGGCACAUUUUGUUUGCAGGAAGAUAAAAGGACAGUCCUGAAAAAACUGGUUUGCAAUACUUGUAAUAUAAAUGUCAUCUUCCAAGCAAGUGAAUGUUUUUGUUUGUGGUUUUGUUGUUGUUAUUUAAUAAAGAAAAGAGCAGAAGGAAAUUUAGGCAUUGUAAA